AUGACAAACGCACUCGACAGGCCCCCGCCGUCUCCGUUUUACCUGCCCUUGAACGUCACUCUUUAUUUGUGUCUCAUAUCAAACGUGCUUGCUGCUUUACAUGCUCCAAUCCAGGACUGCGAUGAGGUCUUCAAUUUUUGGGAGCCAACCCACUACCUGGCUCACGGUCAUGGACUGCAGACGUGGGAAUACUCUCCAGUCUAUUCCAUCCGCAGCUGGCUCUAUGUCUCUGCUCAUGCAUUCGUCGGUAAAAUAAGCUCGUUUGCUCUCAAAAAUAAAUCUUCCGAGUUCUAUGCGGUCCGGUUCUUCCUUGCUAUCGUUUGCGCCGCCUGUCAAACGCGACUGUACUCCGCCAUAUGCCGCACGCUUAGCCCACGGAUCGGCCUCGUCUUCCUGAUGGUCAUUCUCUUCAGCCCCGGUAUUUUCCACGCAUCCACAGCUUUUCUCCCGUCGAGCUUCACGAUGUACAUGUCUAUGCUCGGGUUGACAGCCUUGUUGGAUUCAAGAGGUGGUCAGAAAACAGCCCAAGGGAUCAUGUGGUUCGGAAUCGGCGCGGUCGUCGGCUGGCCAUUUGCUGGAGCUCUUAUUGUCCCGCUGUUGUUGAGGGAGGUGGUAAUUGGCUUCUCUAGCGGAAAUUUGCCCAGAUUGUUUCGUGGGGUUUUUGACGGGGCUAUCAGGUGCCUCACAAUUCUGGUUGCUGAAGUUAUGGUCGAUCAUGUAUUUUUGCGUAAGCUCGUGAUCGUGCCAUGGAACAUCGUCGCAUACAAUGUUUUUGGCGGAGAGGGUCGCGGGCCCGACAUCUUCGGAACUGAGCCGUGGACAUUCUAUAUCAGGAAUCUGCUGCUGAACUUCAAUAUCUGGUUUGUGUUUGCGAUGGCUGCGGCGCCAUUGCUGGCUCUUCAGGCGGUUCUCCCUUCUCAAACAGCCGACAAGCAGACGCUGUUGAGACGCCUGGCUCUCAUCACGCCCUUCUACAUGUGGUUUGCGAUCUUCACGGCGCAACCUCACAAGGAAGAGAGGUUCAUGUAUCCAGCGUAUCCUUUCCUUGCCCUGAACGCAUCUAUCUCAGUGCAUAUGAUUCUGUCGUAUCUGGGCACCAGCGAUUCCAAAAAAUUGGCAGGGCGCUUCGCACCCAAGCUCAAGCUCGCAGCCGUGGCGUCAAUCUUCCUCGUGGCCAUCGGCGCAGGCUUCCUGCGAACCCUGGGCAUGAUUACCGCUUAUAGUGCUCCACUAAAAAUCUUCGAGCCCAUGGAGCAGCCAGGAGUGGCUCAACCUGGUGAUUCGCUGUGUCUGGGCAAAGAGUGGUACAGGUUCCCUUCGUCCUUCUUUUUGCCUGGUGGUAUGCAAGCCAAGUUCAUUCGCAGCGAGUUCCGCGGACUGCUUCCUGGCCAGUUUCCCGAGGCCAAGGACUUGGCUUCUCUUUUGCAGGGCACCUCGACGAUCCCGGCGGGGAUGAAUGAUCGGAACGAGGAAGACCUUGGAAAAUACGUGGAUAUUUCGCAGUGCACCUUCCUGGUUGAUUCCCAAUUCCCCAGCAGAGAGGCUACCGAACUGGAGCCGGACUACAUCCAGGAUGAAACGCACUGGGAGAAGCUGGCUUGUCACGACUUCCUCGAUGCCUCUCAAACAGGUCUUCUGGGCCGUCUCGUCUGGACUCCGGAUCUGCCAAUAAUGCCGCCAUCUCUGCGACGCCACUGGGGACAGUACUGUCUGCUUCGACGACGCACCCCCAACGCUGACAGCGACACCGCACAAUGGAUAGUAUGGACGCCUUCAGACUUCCAACGACCGCCUGCGACACCGUUCCCUGACUGGGACGUGCACAAGACGAAGCCGAUCCCCUACCGUCCAUUCCGAUACGGACCAAAAUACUUCGUGACAAUGGGACUCCGCAGCAUGAAAUGGGACGAAUGGAUCGAACUGGACAACCACUACCUCCGCUACCACGCCGACAAAGCCAAGCGCAUCGAAGAACGAGGCUCGAAAUGCUGCCGCACGCACCCGGACGCAAUGGACGCCGCCAUCGAGCUGCUGGAAGAGCUAACAACCUACCUCCCCGAACGCUACCCAACCCUCUUCCGCAAAACCGCCACGGGCCUCACCAACCUCGCCACGCACGAAACCUUCAACACAACCCAGCGGCCCCUCCCGGAGGACCCCAUGCAAACCUGCGCCCGGUUAGUGCAGGACGACCUCGCCAUCAUGCUCGAGCGGCCCGACGGCGAAUACUACCUGCUCGCCGGCGCCGUCCUGCUCGCGGGCUUCUGGCGCCUGGAGGACAAAUACGGCAUGCGCCUCUCGGAGAUCCACACGCACGGCGCCGUGCCCCAGUACGCCGAGAAGCUAGAGCGCGGGAUGAUGAACUUCUUCCGGCGGCUGCGGCCGCAGGACCCCGUCGUGCGCAACAACUACUUCAUCCAGGUGGACGACGCGCUGGCCUGGUCGCACAGCAUCGGCGACGAGGACAGCCCCGAGGUGUCGUGGAAUACCGCGCAGAAGAACAAGGCGAUCGAGCAUCAUUUUUUCCGCUCGGAGCGGCAGUCGCUCCGCCGCCUUCCCAAGUCCGGGGGCGUGGUGUUUACGAUCCGCACGUAUUUUGAGCCCAUCACCAAGAUUGCGGAGGAGCCGGGGGUUCCGGGGCGGUUGGCGUCCGCGGUACGGAGUUGGGGGGAGGAUGUGUCCCGGUAUAAGGGGAAGGAGAAGUAUGAGGAGGUGUUGUUGGAGUUCUUGGAUCGGAAGCAUGCUGAGCAGGUGGCCCGGGGGUGGGAUUUGGAGAAGGAGGAGGAGGAGGGGAGGAAGUAUCCUUUCUGA